AGCAUUGUUUGGGCUGAGUCAACACGUUGUUGUUCUCUGGGUGGGGAGCAGUUGGGGAGAUGUCUUGGAGCCAGCCUCCCUACAAUCCAGCUUACUCCCUGCCGUCGGCCGCGGCCAGUGGGGCACAGCCGUUCCCUCCGUCCUACUCCUUGCCUCCUGCUCCUCAGCCAGCGACCGAAGCUGCAGGACCUCCUCCUGGAGUGAACCCUGAGCUGUGGGGGUGGUUCCAGUCAGUGGAUGCUGACAAGUCAGGGAAGAUCUCAGCCAUGGAGCUGCGGCAAGCUUUGGUUAACAGCAACUGGAGCCACUUUAACCAAGAGACAUGUCGACUCCUCAUUGGCAUGUUUGACCAGAACAGAGAUGGCACCAUUGAUGUGUAUGAGUUUGCAGCUCUGUGGAAGUACAUUCAGGAGUGGAGGCAGUGUUUUGACAGAUUUGACAAAGACAGAUCAGGAAAUAUCGAUGCUUCAGAGCUCCAGCAAGCCCUCAACUCAUUUGGAUACAGACUUUCCAUGCAGUUCUGCUUCCUGUGUACACGUGUGUUUGAUCGUGGAGAUACUCGCACCAUGAAAUUUGAUGACUUCAUCCAGUGUUGUGUCAUGCUGCGAUCUCUGACUGAAGGUUUCAAGCGACUUGACACCAAUAGAAGUGGUGUUGUUACCAUAAAUUAUGAACAGGUUAGUCAAGCCGCUCUCACUACUCUUGAUUUGACACUAACUUCUUCCACUGUAGUUUCUGGAGAUUGCAAUAGACAAUACCUUGUGACAUAAUAAUACUGGCAAGCAGGAGCACUGUUUUGUCGUUUUAUAACAUGUUUUAUGUUAAAAGUGAAUACGUAGUGAAGAAAAAUUUGG